CUCCAGCUGAACAACUCAUUCCUGGCUUCUCUGACUAAGAGGACCUGAAGACUGACUGUAUUGAAGAGGAACAGCCAAUAAAUUAAGUCCUGAAGCUCCAAUUGUCCUCCUGCAGUCAUCUGAACCUCUGAUUGGUGAGGAGUUUUUACAGACCGAACAAUGGCUGAAGCCAAGGUGUGUGGAUUAUUACAGGAUGAGCUCACCUGCUUGCUGUGUCUGGACACCCUGACUGACCCCGUCUCAAUCCCCUGUGGUCACAGUUUCUGUCUGAAGUGCCUCAUGGACUGCUGGGAUGAGAGCCAAGAGAGCAGUUGUCUUCAGUGCAAAGAGAACUUCACAACGAGGCCUGCACUGCGAAAAAACACUGUGCUGAAUGAAAUCAUCAUGAAAUUAAAGAAGAUGGGACUAACUUCUCCAUCUCAAAAUUAUGAUGGCCCUGGAGAUGUGGAGUGCGAUUUCUGUAAUGGGAAGAAGGUCAGAGUGGUGAAAUCGUGUCUGACCUGCAUGGCCUCCUUCUGUGAAACUCAAAUGCAGCUUCAUUAUGAAGGAGCUGCCUGGAAAGGCCACAAGCUGAUUGAUCCUGAUGGAAAUCUACAGGAGAAACUCUGUGCAAAACAUCAGAAAAGUCUGGAAAUAUUUUGCAAAACUGAUGAUUUGUGUAUCUGCAUGAUAUGUGUGGUGACUGGACAUAAUGGUCAUGAAAUGGUCGAGCUGGAGACGGAAAGAGAAGAAAAACAGAAACAGCUGGGGGUGACACUGAGUGAAAUCACAUGGAGAAUUGAGGAGAGAGAGAAAAAACUGAAAGAGACAGAGAUGGUGAUGGAGAAGAUGAAGGUAUCAGUGCAAAGAGAAAUAGAGGAAAAUGAGAAGAGUUUCAGUGAUCUGAUGCACUGCAUUGAAGAAGCUCAGAAGAAAUUGGUUGAGAGGAUCAAAGAACAAGAGAAGAGAGAAAAGGAGAAGGGUGAAGGAGUCAUGGAACAACUAGGGAAUGAGAUUGAAGAACUGAAUAAGAGAGAUACUAAGCUGAAGAAGCUUUCAGACACCAAGGACCACAUCCACUUUCUGCAGACUGUUUUAUCUAACUAUGUCAUUCCUCCUGAUGGAGACUCACUCAGCUUCAUUGCCACUGCGGAUUUCUAUUCUGAGGACCUGAGAAAGGAGCUGUCAUGUAUGAAGAAGAGUCUGGAGAAGAUCAGCCAGUGGGACAUUAUGACAUUGACAUCAGGUCGUGAAGCUCCAAUUUUUGCCCUACAGCCUCUUGAACCUCAGAGCAGGGAGGAGUUUUUACAAUACUUCUGUCCCCUCACACUGGACAUCAACACAGCAUACAGAGACCUCCAUCUGUCUGAAGGGAACAAGUUGGUGAGACAUGAGAGGACAGAGGCCGAAUAUCCUGAUCAUCCUGACAGAUUUGACUACUGGGAACAAGUUCUGUGCAGAGAGGCUCUGUCUGGAACUCGCUGUUACUGGGAGGUGGAGUGUGAUGGAGACUUCAUGAAGAUUGGAGUCGCAUAUAAAGGACUGGGCAGGAAAGGACAGGGUGUGGAGUGCAGCCUUGGAGAAAAUGACAAGUCUUGGUGUCUGCAGUGGUUUGAUUUCAAUUAUUCUGUGUGUCACAAUAACAAGCAUACUGAUAUCAGCACCCCCUACAGCGACAGAGUAGGAGUGUAUCUGGACUGGCCUGCUGGCUCUCUGUCAUUUUAUAGCGUCUCACACACAAUGACCCUCCUGCACAGGUUCAACACCACCUUCACUGAGCCGCUUUAUGCAGGAUUUGGGGUUGAUUAUACCUGCAGUGUAGCAAUCUGCCAUCUGACCCCAUCUGACCACUGAACAGUACCCUCCACAGGUCACUUUAUGUCCCCACAACAAAAGGUCCUCUUUGUGUUUAUAGUUUGGGGUCAAAAUCAAUUUUACUGGAUAGAUGCAGGGGUAACACCUCAGUGACUGAAUUUGGGGAUGAGAAUGCAAUGCGAGUGUGGCUGUCAGGGUCUCCAUUAUUAUUGGCUUUGAGUAGCCAAUCAGGUGUGUGUAUGUCAUAGUGAGGGGCGGUGACCUACAAAUACCAGUCUGACCAGCAGGGGUCACUAUUGAUUUUCAGCCACAUGUCCUUUAGGUUGACACAGUAGCCUAAGUGUCAUUUUAAGUUGGACAGGCAUAUAGUCCUGCUGGAGCAGCAUUACUGCUGCACUAUAUAGACUAAGUAUCAAGAAAUCUUGAAUAGUGACUAUAUUUAGGAGCACAGAGUGACGGAUGUGACUAGAGUGUUGUCCUCUCACUAGAUAUUUUGCUUUCCUCCAUCGAUCACUCGGGGUUGAUGACCUCUGAAUGAAUUCACAGUGAUUGUCUGAAGAUGAGGACUCACUGGUCAGUCAGAUGUUGGCCAUACUCACAGAGUCUGGUGUUUUCUGAGUCACCUGAUGCCACCUUAGACAUUAAACUUCACCUCCUCCUUCUUGUUCCCAGAUUUGUCACUACUGGUACCGUGAAAACUCUUGACACCCUCAAAAAAUGAAUUCUUGAUCAGCUGAGACAUACUUCUGGGCUUUGCAGUCGACUGGCACCGAUCCAGUGCUGGGCCCUGCCUUGUCCGCAAACCUGAAAUAGAAAAGCAGAUAAAGAGAAGGGAUGGACAGAAGAGGUCACUGAUUGCUCAAUCACCAAAAUACUGCCUCUUGUGGCCACUUUAAAGUUUAUACAGAAAAUUAGCUAGCUAGCUAGCUAGCUAGCUAGCUAGCUAGAUA